AUGGAAUCGUUGAAAGCGCAGUUUCCGGAUGCCACCAUUCUCGCUGUGAACUCCAUCCGUCAUUUGAAUAUAACGAUGGGUCCCAUGGGAUAUGUGGGCUAUUCCCUGAAACAAGGCCACGGUAUUGACAUGCUCAGAUACCCACACGCUGUUCCCAGCAGAGAGCCUCUGGGGCUUGGCGUUGUGGCAUCCGGUGAAACCUCGAGUCUUCAUGACUUCCUCGUUCCAGGAUUACCCGAGUCAGGUGCCCAAUAUGCAUUCGACAUUAUGGCCUAUCUGCGAGCUGCACUAUCUGCGGGCCAGCGGGUCCUGCAGUUGGGAGCAAAUCGCUUCCAGUUCUUCGUUGCGUUUUUGAAAUACUUGGACGAACACUCUUGGACGUCCGCGUCUCAGCCUUCGAGCCUCAGAGAGACUUCGCCCACGCCGCUGCCAACCAGGGUGUCUUGUGUCCCUUUCCAUCAGGCUGGGGCACUGGCGCAAGCGGAGUGCAAGGAGGAAUUGGUCCCUUCGCCUCCUUUCACUUUUCCAGAGCUCGUGAAAGCCACAGGCUCCCCAUCAGCUGACACCGUCCUAACUUGGCUGGAUGCCAUACCAUCGGGUCUCCUACAGCACAACCAUCAGAAUUUUUCGUGCGAAGAGUUGCGGGAUGAGCUGCGGCGCUCACGACAGGAUGUUGAUGAUGCAAGUGGUCUUGGACCAUGGUCUUUUCCUGUUCGGCGAUGGUGCACAGUGUAUAUGGGCGCCAGUUACGGGUCCGAUCCCUCAUACCGAGCUUCUGCCGAACAUUUUGGACGUCUCUUGGCUCAGAACGGCAUCGGACUGUUGUACGGCGGCGGCAAUGCAGGCCUAAUGGGUGCUGUGGCGGAUGCAGUGCUGAGGGAAGGUGGCUAUGUAAUCGGGGUUCGCCCAGAAGGCAACUUGCUGACUGCAGAGCAUGAACACAAAAACUUGUCUCACAUGAUUUUCACAAAGACAAUGCACGAACGCAAGCAGACUAUGGUCGAUUUUGCUGACCUUCUUGUGGCACUCCCUGGCGGCUUGGGAACUCUUGAUGAGCUGGCCGAUGCGGUUGUUCUUGCCCAUCUGGGCACACACAGCAAGCCCGUGUAUCUUCUAAACACCACCUUCUGGACACCCCUGGUGAAGUUUAUCGACACCAUGGAGACUGCGCAGUUUCUCGGAGCAGGGCGCUGGGGCAAACUGGUGAAGGUUGUUGACAGUGCCGAGGACAUAUUCCAAGCCCAGCAGGCCCAGCAGCAAGCAAUCGAAGCUGCAUCCGAAGUCCCUGAGGCCCUGGCUGCAGAAAGUCCCUGCUCUUUCUUGCAGCUGGAGGUCAAGACUCACAGCACAGGCUGCCCUUUCCAGGUCGGCUUUGUGCCAGCUUUGGCAGCCGGAUGUCUCUGCGCAAUCUUGAUCGCCUCCUUCGGUGUGCAUUCGACAUCUGUAUCCUCAGGCCGCUGCAUUGUGGACCUCUUCAUGCUGAUUACGGUUCUGGCUGCAACCUCUCGCAUGAUCAGCGUUCCAGAUUCACAUGCUCUUGCCAUUGCUCUUGGCCAAAACGUUUCCUGGUCAGGCCUUUACCUUGGCAUUUCCAAAUGGGGUGACAUGAUCGGGAAUCUUUUGUGUGCUUUCCCUCUCAAUUAUUGGUCGGACUUCUGGCGAACCAGCAGUCGCCAGGCCAUGAUUUGUGGGAUGACAGUGAUGUCAGCAGGGUCAGCACUCUGCCUGGUGACUCUCUCGCGAGUAUCAGAGGACUCUGGUGCAAGGGAUUCUUCGCUGCCGAUUCUCCUUUGUGUGUCCCGUGCCAUCAUCGGAGUCGGCAAUGGCAUCGUGACACAGCUUGUGAUUGUGCUCCUGUCGAAGUUGACGCCGCCAGACGACUUGCCUCAGGAGUUCCAGCGUGCGAUUUUCUAUGUCACUGUCGGGACGGGUUUGGGCCCGUUGGCUUCUGCAGCAGGCUACAGCUUGGAUGUUUGCUUUACCACGGCACCUCAGUUUAAGACUGUUGGUAUCAUUCAGCUGAUUCUGCUAUCCUCCGGGUUGUGCGCCGUCAUCCUCUUCUACCCAUCCGAAGUCGGCAGUAAAGAUGUCCAUGUCGCAGAAAUUUCAGAGCACGAGAAUGCACCGCUCAACAGGAUUCCCAUUAUAGCAGGCCUGGUGCUGUGCGCACUCCGCAGCUUCGUUGCAGGCUCCGUGGAGGUGGGCACACCACUUCUUCUCGAGGACCGGUUUGCUUGGAGCAUAGCUACCACCGGACUGAUCACAGGUGCUGCCUUUCUUGUGGGCAUUCCGAUAAGGUUGGCUCAGAUGAGUGCCGGGCGUCAGCUGAGUGAGGUCGCAUGGAUCCGCUUGUUGACGGUGGCUGCAGCACUGGGCACCGUGCUACUUCUCCGUGCAGCUAGCAAGUUGCUGCCUGGUGGCUACUCGCUUGUUCUUGGGGACAUGAUCAUUUUCCCAUCCAUCUACUUGAGCGAAGGGCUGGCGCAAGGUUUCAUGAUGCGAUUUGUGCCUCACGGUGGCUCAAACCUGUUCUUCGAAGCGAGUUCAAUCGCUCUGAUUAUGGACAUGUUGAUCAACGCUUUCCUGGGUCUGGGUGCAGUGGGAGCCCGGAGCAUCAUUGAGGCUGGAGGAGAACGGGGACAAGAUUUCAACGCCGGCAUGCAACUUCUAUGCUGCGUUGCAUUCCUUAUCAUUUUUGAACUUGGCAUGGCUCGCUAUGUUCAUGGCAACAAGAGCGAGUAA